UUACAAUGAACUUCCAUCACUCUCCCGCACAGACAUAUACACACCCAUAGUCAUUAAAAUUGCACUAUAGUUUGCCUUUUUACCGAAAGCCAUUAUACCAAGUCCAUAAAAUGGGUAUUUUUUAGAUAUUUUCAUAAAACGAUUUUACAGAAACAAAGAAAAAACAUACAGAUUUAAUUUUUUCUAAUGCUGCUUUGAAGUUAGACAGUUUUUAAAUAGGUUUGAAAAGGCUUAUUUUACUGACUACUGUCGGCUACGUGAUGCUACAGGAGAGCUGUAUGUCUAGUCAUUAGUUUAAAUUCAGGGAAAUAAAAUUCACAUUAGAAAUGGCCAGUUUAGUCUUCUCCAGUCAAGCACAAUAUAUUUAAAGCUGUGUCCAGGAUCCAGGAUAAGUAUUAGGUGUCAUUACUGUAUUUUAAUAUAGUACAUGUAUAUAGUAUAGUUUAGUGUGGUCCAGUGGUUAAAGUCCAGGGCUUGUAACCAGAAGGUCACCGGUUCAAAUUCCACCUCUGAUUCCACUGUGUGACCCUGAGCAAGUCACUUCACCUCCUUGUGCUCCAUCCUGUGGAUGAGAUGUUAAAUCAAUGUCCUACUGUAAGUGACUAUGCACAUAAUGCGCAGUUCACACCCUACCUCGGUAAAGCGCUUUUUGAUGGUGGUCCACUAUGAAAGGCGCAAUAUAAUAAUUAGUAGUACAUGCUUUUAGUACAAGGACAAAAAAAAUAAAAAAUACUAGCCAAUAAUAGCUACCUUGUAAUGAGAUCCACUGAAAAACUCCAUAUUUAAAAUGCUAAUUCUACCUGUUUUGUAACUGCACCAGUUUGUUAAACCCAGGUAUGUGGAUAUUUUUAUCAUCAGAUUCUUCACAGCUUUAUUUAUUUAUUUAUUUUUUUAACAUUAGGGAAUUGCUAUAGCAAAUGGAGGUGGAGUUUAUUUAGCAGACACCUUUAUCCAAGGCGACUUACAGAGACUAGGGUGUGUGAACUACGCAUCAGCUGCAGAGUCACUUACAACUACAUCUCACCCGAAAGACGGGGCACAAGGAGGUUAAGUGACUUGCUCAGGGUCACACAAUGAGUCAGUGGCUGAGGUGGGAUUUGAACCGGGGACCUCCUGGUUACAAGCCCUUUUCUUUAACCACUGGACCACACAGUCUCCUUAUAACUCACGGCACUGAGUCCUGAAGGCAGCAGAGCUGUUGCCACAGAAACAUUGUGUAACCUCUGGACACAAUUUAGCAUCAGAGCUUUUGAGGUAACGUUCUCUGGACACGAUUACACCGUGUAACAAUUUAUUUAUUUAUUUUUUUUGGUUCCUGGGUAGUAAGUGUUAUUUCCUAAUUGCUUAUGCCUCAAAAGUAUAGAAAAUGGCUAUUAUUCCCCCCAAACUUUGCUUUUGUGACCAGGACAGUGAUAUUUUGAAAUUUACCUAUUUUCCAGAACAUUCCAGAUAGAUUCAGUGCUGAGUAAACUUGGAGUAACUUCUAGAACUUUCUAGAACUUUCCAGUAAUAUAAAUAGUAGUAUAAAUACAGGGGCCUUAAGCCCACCAGUUCAGUUUAGUUCCAGCUGCCUAAGUGGAUACAUAUCUGCAUUUUUCUGAGAUGGCAUCAAGAGGCUGCAAGCAUCCGGCAGACGCAUUUUGCUAUGUCUGCGGCCAAUUUAUCAAGACAAGAGCGAAAAAGUACUCCGUGGAAGCAUCUGCUAAGAUGUGUGAGGCCUACAAGGCAUAUUUCGGCAUGCCUGUCGGGGAUCAAGACAAACCCUGGGCACCUCAUUUCACCUGCGAGCACUGCAAAAAAACUCUGGAAGGAUGGUACAGAGGGGAAAAGAGAGCCAUGAAGUUCGCUAUCCCAAGAAUUUGGCGGGAACCCACUGACCACUCAAGCAACUGCUACUUCUGCAUGGUGGACCCGUCCAAGCAGACCGAGCUCUCUGUGGGGAGGAACAACGUCAAGUGGGAGCCACUGGUGGACCCCCGGAAGGUGCUGAUGCCACCACUGCACAUCAGAUUGGGCCUUAUGAAACAAUUUGUCAGAGCCCUAGAUAAGGAGUCGGCAGCCUUCAAGUACCUUCAAGACUUCUUCCCUAAGCUGUCUGAGGCAAAGGUCAAAGCCGGUGUCUUCGUCGGACCACAGAUAAAGAAGAUCCUGAAGUGCAAUGAAUUCCCCAAGAAGCUCACUAGUAAGGAGAAAGCGGCUUGGAACAGCUUUGUCGCAGUGGUUCGGGGCUUCCUGGGCAAUCACAAGGCCAAAAACUAUGUGGAGCUGGUUGAGACUCUGGUGAAGAACUACGGCACAAUGGGCUGUAGGAUGUCCAUCAAAGUCCAUAUCCUUGAUGCUCAUCUUGAUAAAUUCAAGGAGAACAUGGGAGUGUACUCGGAGGAGCAAGGCGAGCGCUUCCACCAGGAUAUACUGGACUUUGAACGCCGCUACCAAGGACAGUAUAACGAGAACAUGAUGGGAGACUACAUUUGGGGGCUGAUUCGUGAAAGUGAUUUACAGUAUAAUCGUAAAUCUCGAAAGACUACUCACUUCUAAAUCUUUUGUAGUCAUUUUUGUAUUACUUUAGUAUAAAUACAUGUUAAUUUGGAUUCAUAUGUUGUUUUUUUCUGACUUUAUGUGAACGAAAAGACACAAAUUCGCCUGUUUUCUCAUUGGAAAUAGGUAAAUUUCAAAAUAUCACUGUCCUGGUCACAAAAGCAAAGUUUGUGGGGAAUAAUAGCCAUUUUCUAUACUUUUGAGGCAUAAGCAAUUAGGAAAUAACACUUACUACCCAGGAACAAAAAUUGUGUUACAUAGUGAUUAGCAUCAGAGCUUUUGAGGUAACAGAAACAUUGUCUGGACACGAUUAGCAUCAGAGCUUUUGAGGUAACAGAAAGGAACAACCAUGUCAUGUCCGGUUACCAGUUACAUUUAGUACAUAGAUCAAAAACAUGGGAUACAAAAUUGGUACAUACUUUGUGUAAAUAGGCCCCACUUCACAUAACUUAUUACAUGCAUUCUGUUCUAUAUAAACCUGCAAGUCAUGACAGAUCAGACAGAUGGAUAGAGGGCUGAUAGCAUGUGCUAGUGAUUUAAUAUCCAAGUCUGCAGAAAUGAGUAAUGUAGUGAGGAUCAGUCUAAAAAUGUGACGACUUUACAAGCCAUGCUGGAGAACAGUGUUCUGCCCCAAAUGAAAGAAUUGGGCGAUGGUUAUUAGAACAAUUCAAAAUCUUACAGACUUGUCAUUCUGAAUUGAUGGCCUAUUGUCUGCCAAUGAUGACCCCACAACCCUUUUGGUAUUUCUAAUUCAGCAAUAGAACCAUGAUUCGAAGGCAUCAGCGGAAGCUGACUGUGUUGUGGAGGCAGUUUUAGCCUUGGCCUCUUUCAAUGUUUUAACAUUUUAGUUGAAGUGAAUGUUGCAUACCAGUUGUUAGUAGUCCAUCUGUUCAUACAGUACUCACCACCUUAGUAUUGUAUGACUUCCAAGCUCUUGCUUAGGAAUUUUCUAGGAAAUAUGUUUUGAUUGUUACAAUUUCCAUAAAAGGAAGUUCUCAAUGGACACAAUGGGCCAGAAAACCUUGUUUUUAAGCAAGAAAUGAACCACGCUGAAUGUGUAGCUAUAGCAGCUGUUGUACGGUUUAGAUCUGCCUUUCUCCUCAAUGGUAAAGCCAGCCCAUCAUACACUUGGAAACAUGGUUCCAGAACAUUUUUCCAGACAAAUGUGUCCUCGUAUAUGAUGGAUGUUUUCAUGUUUCCUGGGGUAGACCAGGGUUCUACUUUGAGAAACAUUUUCAAGAAACAUUCUACCUUUAGCCUAUCAGGCGAGACUGAGCAUGAGUAUCUUAAGCGUCGCUCAUUUAAAGGAUUAUGGUGUGCUCCUCUCUCUUAAGGUUCAGUAUCCACUCCCUUGUCCACACGACAACUGGGCUAAAUGACUUCAGUUUACAUUGUUUUACAGUCUCACUCUUAACUACUUCAGAGCCCCUCUUAUGGUGAGAAGUGCAGGACUUGACUUGGAACAGUAACAUAUGAGGCAGUCCCUCUUGUGGCCAAUUGCUGUAUUGUUGGCAUUGAAACAAGGAAGUGUAUUUUCUGUAGUAUAUUGCAGAGGUUUUACCCCUGGGGGUACUUCUAAGGGUCAUAGGGGGUAUGCAGGACAACUCAGAAAUGCACGGAUGAAAAUGAAAGUAAAAGAAAAUAAUAAUCUUGAAUUGAUUUUGUUAACAGUAUUAUAUAUUAUCUGUAAACCACUGUGCAUAAAUAUUGCAUUUUUGUUUAGCAGCUCAAAGUGAACCGCAGAUGAAAUAACAGUCUACUUUCCACCAGUAUGCCUACGUGAUUUUGAUACGGGUGGGUGGAGCAGAGGUCUGGUGACUAUACCUAUGGAGAGCGCUCAGCGCUGCUCAUUAACUUUGCUGUUUUCAACUUGCUGUAUAAUUGAAUACUAAUCAGUGAAGCACAAAUAUUUCUGCAUUUUUUUAGAAGUAUAAAUGCUCCAGUAAACAUAAAUAAUAAUAAUACUCAGAUGGUUUUUCAGUUUAUCAGUGUUAGUUAUUACAAUUUUAUCUUGAGGUUAAUGUUUUGUUAUUUUAAAUGGCACACAUAAUUAUGCUGAGAUGGGAAGUAAAUGGUAACGUGAUAAACAUUUACAUACAGACUAUUUAGUAUUAUUUAUAAUAACUUUGCAGAAUAGAAAGCGAAUAUAGUGUUUCCAAAGAGAUAACCAAAUACUAUCAUUUAAUUCUGUGCAUCCAAAGACAUGUAAUUAAAUUUAAGAGUCAAACCUACUGUUUGGUAUUCUGUCCUAAACCAGCAGUUUGUCAGUCCCAAACUGUUGUAACAUAAAUUUAUAUAUUAAAUAAACGGGGAAAAAAUACAUGUGUUAAUCUGAAUAUUCUGCCUUUUAUGGCAGCUGUGGUACCAUUCAGUCAAGUGAAAAUUGUACAGGGGUACUUGAGCUGAAAACUCCAGACAGAAGGGGUACAGUUUCAAAAAAAGGUUGAAAACCCCUGGUAUAUUAGAUCAUUCUGGAACUUGACCAGGUCUGAUUUUAUAUAUCAAAAUUUGGCAAGCUUCUUGGUUAACUUUUUGUACCACUUUUUAGAUUUCAGGGUGUCAAAUAAUUUAGAAUAAUUUAGAACUUGUAGUCUUUAAGUCAAGAUCUAAGGAUUAUUACCACAAGUCAGAGGGUACUUUAUUUUGAAAGUGUUUUUGAAUUAACUGCCUAAAUAGUUACGUUGCAAGGAGGGCUUCUAUCAUUGAUCAUUUGUAAUAUUAAAAACUCCAGAAUUAUCAUCCUUGUCUUCAGUUAGAAAUAGUUUCUCCACAGCAUCAGUGUAAAGAAGCUGACUAACUUUAUAACCUCCUGGGCAGAUACUGGUUUGGCUGAGGAUUUGUCUAGCUUGAUCGGGGAACAUCAGGGCUAAACAAGGUACUCUUUUUUUUUUUUUUUAAAACCUGCAUCAGGGUAAUAAUACCUUGACAUAAGAGUGUUAACUCCAUAUAGGCAUUGUCUGGACCGGCUCCAAACAAGCUGAAAAAAUACUGAACAAUAGAUUCUGCUUUUAUUUUGAUUUAUUUUUUAGUUGGGCUUUUAUUGUUUUAAUCUGAGUUCCCUGUUCUAUGUAAAACUGCUUUUGGUAGUGCCUUUUUGUUCAUAUUGUUACUACAGUUGUUUUUGUGCUGUACUGUACUGUACUGUACACCAGCAAAAGAGAGACACCUAGGUGUUUCUUAAAAGAACUACACCAUUAUAAAAAAGGCUCUCACUGAUAGCAAAUGAAUGAAGCCUUGCAAUUUUUAGAUGAACACAAAAUUGACAUCCUGUUAAAAAAACAAACAAAAAAAAAAAACAUGGAUGCAAAUGGCCUACAUGCAUUGUUCAGUUGUCAUUUAUAGUAAGGGAGCUGUUAACAUUUGUACUAAAUAAAUAUUUGCGACCAGAAUAUUUGCAGAAUCACACCCAUAAAACCUAUUUUGCUCCAGAAAUGUUGGCGACUUGUUGCAAUAUAUAAAGUAUGUAUUGUUAGUGGAAUUUGAUAUUCGUGCCAAAAAUGUUAGCGUUUUUUUUUUUCAUACGGGAAAAACGCAUAAUAAAGGGUUUGCAAAUAUUUAUGGCUUCACAGUACUUGUUUAAUUAAUAGUUCAGCAUAUGAUGUUUUGCGUAAAGCAGGCCCAGGAAACAGAGUUCAAAUGCAUGGUCUUCAGAUGGGAUAAUUGGUAAUGUUUAAUAAAAAAAAACAAAUAUUCUUCAAUUUAGCAUUUACUGGUUUUCAGGUAAGCAUUUAAGAAUUUAGGAACACUUGCUGUAUAAUAACUCUAGAGAAAAUGAUCAAUUUUGAAUGUGACAGUGCUAUUUUUUCUGCUUUAAUACAUAUCAUGAAACAUCUUUUAAUACCUAUUUUUAGACCGUGAAAUAAGCAAUUUUUUACUGUAAAAAAUAAAUAAAUAAAUAAAUAAAAUAAAUAAAAAAUACAGCACUACUGAGGUUUUCUAUUUAUUUAUUUAUUGAAUAGUUACAGAACUCACUACUGCUA